AUGUCCCUCCAAAACCUCCUCACCACCGCCGCCCGUCCCCUCCCCCCCAUCCAUGACCCCAGCUUCGCCUCCCACUUUGACAGCUUCGCCAACUACCGCGUCGUCCUCCUUGGAGACGGUAGCCACGGCACCUCCGAAUUCUAUGCCGCCCGCGCCGAAAUCACAAAGCGUCUCAUCGAGCACCACGGCUUCACCACCGUCGCCGUCGAAGCCGACUGGCCUGACGCUGAAGCUAUCGACCGCUAUGUGCGCCAACGCCCAGGCCCCCAAGCCCACCUCACCAAUGACAAGGACGAGCCCUUUCAGCGAUUUCCAACUUGGAUGUGGCGCAAUCGCGAAAUGCAAGACCUAGUCGAGUGGAUGCGCGACCACAAUGCCAAUCUACCCGAUCACCAGAAGGCCGGGUUCUACGGUCUUGAUUUGUACAGCAUGGGGACAUCCAUCCGCGCCGUCGUAGAUUACCUCGACCGCCUGGACCCAGAGGCCGGCAAGCUGGCGCGUCGUCGCUAUGGGUGCUUGCAGCCGUGGGUGGACGAUCCGACGGCAUAUGGUCUCGCGUCGUUGCGCGGCUUGGCAGACUGCGAGAAGGGCGUCGUGGACAUGUUGCGCGACCUGCUGCGAAAGCGACUGCAGUAUGCGGAGGAGGACCCGCAUAAUGGCGAAGAGUCGCAUAGUAGUCAGCAGAAUGCGUACCUAGUGCGUGACGCGGAGAGAUACUACAAGGCGAUGUAUUAUAGCUCUGCGUCGUCAUGGACGCUGCGCGAUACACACAUGGUGGAUACGCUGCGGCGCAUCCUUCGUCACAAGCCUCCCGGCAGUAAGGCUGUGGUGUGGGCGCAUAAUUCGCAUUGUGGGGAUGCGCGAUACACGAGCAUGGGCAGUCGGCGCAAUGAGGUGAAUAUUGGACAGUUGUGUCGCGAGCAGUUCGGUCGGGAUAAGGUUGCGCUGAUCGGCUGUGGGACACAUACCGGAACUGUGGCGGCUGCGCAUGAGUGGGAUGAGGAUAUGGAGAUAAUGAAGGUGAAGCCGUCGAGACCGGAUAGUUGGGAGUGGUUGGCACAUCAGACGGGAAUUGACAGCUUCUUGUUGGAUUUGAGGCCGACGAAGAUGAGUCCGGAGCUGAGGAGCCUAAUGGCUGCGGAGGAUCAGCGCUUGGAACGGUUUAUUGGCGUCAUUUAUCGGCCUGAUACUGAGCGCAUGUCGCAUUACUCGCAGGCUGAUCUGCAGAACCAGUUCGAUGCGUAUGUCUGGUUUGAUAGCACUGAGGCUGUUAAGCCGUUGGAGAGGGUGCAGCCGCGGACGGCGAUGGGUACGGAGGAGACGUAUCCAUUUGGAUUGUAGAGCAGACUGAAGUAAUGGUAGAAUGGACUGUAAGGAGUAAAAG